AUGGACACCGAGGGAGAAGAGCAUGAUCCGGUGGAAGCAAACAGAAAGGCUCCACCUUGCCUGGGAAGUCCGGUUGAUGGUCCACCAACUCCAGAGCUGAUGAGUUACUAUGACGAGGAAGUCGCCAGGCUGCACCAUGCCGAAGAGUGCGUCUGUUCGAGCCGGGAGACUGGUUUUAGCCACGCCGAAUGCCACAAUGACAUGACACUAAUAUGUGGUUAUUUUCCAUUCCCUUUUUUUUCCCUUUUCCAUUCCUCAGAUCUGAUGACCGAGGAUGACAUUUAUUGCUGUUCUUUAUCAAAGACAUUGUGCCAUACCUCCACCCCAGUCACUGUGGGUUUUUAUUCCCCAUGCGGAACACGGAUUCACUCCCUACUGGACCAGAUUGCAGGAUGCAUGCUCAAAGAAUCCAUCCGAAGGGAAGAAGAAGAAUACAGGAGGACUCACCAGAGGUCCCGAGUCCCCGAAGGAAUAAACUACCUGACUCUCCUGUGGUACAUCGUCUUCUACCAACCGGUCAUCACCGAGGUACACCUCCGAAGAAAAACCAUCGAGUUCCUCUUCAUAAGAUUCAGCGCCUGGGAAUAUGCAGGCAGUGACAAAUUGUGGGCUGGAUUGGUCACCACCCUGUGUGACCAUAUCCGCCACCACUUCGGUCCUCUUCCCCUGAGUUUCUACCAUGUGGUAGGAAGCCGUCCACAAUUCGCCUCAGGAUUCACCCAAAGAGAAUGGAGGCUUAAAAGGAAAACGUGCUGCACCGCAGGAGGACUGGUGGUGGUCUUGCUAGCUGGCGCAGGCCUGGCUACUACCGCUCUCCUUGUGCCAGGGAUAAGGGAUGGCACAACCUUGAAGGUCCUUGGUAGCACCAUUGCUGCCAUUUCAGGCUCAGGGUUCGUCGUAGCCAUCAGUCCUGUCAUCAAGCACUUGAUCAUCAGCCAGAAGAAGAAGAUCGAGAGCAUGACCAGCGAUGAGAAGUUCACCAGCCACCUGGGUUUCAUGAGUGCAGUGAAGAGAGAGAUUGAGAUCCUCUCCAGCUUUAUCUACUACAUGGAGAUCUUUGAGCGUCGGCGCUUGAGGAUUGUCUUUGAGAUCACAUGCUUGGAUAUGUGCUACCCUGAACGUGUGGUUGGGGUGUUGAACGCCAUCAACACGCUCCUUUCCGAUAGGAAUGCCCCCUUCAUCUUCAUCCUGGUGGUUGACCCCUGUGUCAUCGUUUCUUGCUUGGAGCAGGCUAGCACCAUGAAGGGAAUGGCGGACAACGGCUACCUGUACCUCAACCGCACAGUGACCCUUCCAUUCUCCAUCCCGGAAAUUGGCAUCAAAUCCAAGAUGCGAUGUUUGCAUGAGGCCUUCCAGACUCGGGAAGAUCUGAUGUACGGCAUCAUUACAAGGAACAUGGAGUUGGGAGUGACGAAGUCCAAAGGGAAUGGUGAAGCACUGGUGAACAUGGAAGCAGAGGUUCAAGAAGACCAACAACAGAUCGAUGCACUGGCAGUGCAAUACAUCCAUGAAGCUUUUCACUGCUUGCAUAACGAACAAGAUUGUCUCUACCAUUAUGUCCCAGAUAGCAUUAUCCAGAUGAGGAGGAUCGUCAACACCAUCCCCAUUACAAUCAGGUUGAUGACUCAACAGCAUCUGCUGAGGCACAAUAUCUGUGCCCGGGCAGUCGCCAGUUGGGUGGUGUUGGCCGACCAAUGGCCGUGUCGCUUGAGUUGGAUCCUCCAAUGCAUGGAAGACAAGCUGCAGUGCCAACCACCCAACAAUUAUGAGAAGGAAUUGAUGUGGGACGUCUUUGUGGAGACUUGUCCUGAGCUGUUCUCCAAGCACAAAGAACUCCAGAAUAUCAUGGCCUUGGAUGGCGACCCUGAACUUUUUGAGAGAUUCUUGUCCGGUGAUUUUCCAUUCACCGUACAAGAAGGGAAGAAAUUAUUGAAGUAUACUGUCAACUUAGACCAUUCCAUCAGAUAUCAUAUGGGACAGCUACAGGCACUGGCUACUCUGGAGAAGAACUACAGCAAAGGUGGAGUAAAUUCAGAGAAGAAGCCUUAG